GCUUUGCAUUGCUUCCACUAACCAGUAGAAUAAGAAAAAAAAAAUCAACAAAAAAACACCAUCGCGCUACACUCCUUCCCAGAGGUCUCGAAACACUGUCCCGGCGCAAGAAAAACAAGUGUCGUGUCGAGGCCUCCUGGUUUAACCGCCCGCCACUCACACUCUUUCAAAUCAGAGACAUCCUCAUCCACUCGUUUCACCAUCAAACGCCAACCCCCAGAUAUGCUGUCCACUUGACGCGGCCAACCAAAAAUCCCGUCAUUUAGCAGUCUUUCUCGACAUUCAUUUAUCCUGCUUUUUUAUUCUGUCACGUUCUUUGCAUCUUGCAUCUGAGCUUAGGAAAUAUAUCACCAAAAAGGGAUCCUCCCCUGACAAUCAUAACGCUUGGAAUCCCUUUUUCUUCGACUAUUUGCAAAUCUCUCGCAACUUAUCGACCCAUUAAGCGUCUUUUUCUUCUUUUCGACACCGGAGCUCCAGGUUGAUCCUGGAGGACUCGUUUUGCCUUGAUUUUCAUUGCAUCGCAUAAACAAGCCCUGGCGGCUAUACAUCUCAAACAGCAACAUUUUGCAUACAUCUUACAUACACCUUAGCACUACGCGUUCCGACUCGCUCUCUCCAGCUAUCCGGCCAACCCUGUUCGAAAGCACAAAUCAUCUGCAGGACGAUUUUCGACGACUCUUGUACUCUUUCGAAGACGGUCUUUUACUCGACACAGAGCGACGACAUUACGCGUAUAUCGCUUAUCCACUCCUUCUAACCCGAUCUCACUCUCUUUGACCUCGAUUUUUAUUCUACUUGUCUAGAGUCAUAUCAUGACUCAAAGUGGAAUGACAUGGAAUCUCCGAAAGGCCUUGUUGGCCUUGACUGCCCUCGUUUCUAGCGUCCAUGCUGCCGACCUGCUUAAGACCACCGGCUUUACUGACUGUGGCUCUGACACCUCCAUCAAAGUGCAGAGAAUUGACAUCAGCUACGACAAAGACAACCGAACCGUCAUUUUCGAUGUUGCCGGAACCAGCACCAAGUCCCAGAAUGUCACGGCUGUUCUCGGCGUCACCGCCUACGGAAACCAGAUUUACUCGCGAAGCUUCAACCCUUGCGAUGCCGGCACGUUUGUAGAACAGCUCUGCCCCCUACCUGUUGGCAACUUUGCUGCCAAGGGCACUCAGGAGAUUCCUGCCGAAUACGCCGAUAUGGUUCCCUCAAUCGCCUUCCAGGUCCCGGAUAUCGCCGCUCAAGCCACUCUCGAACUCAAGGGUGACGACAACAAGAAUGUAGCCUGCAUCAAGUCCGCAGUUUCCAACGGAAAGACUGCCAACGUGGCUGCUGUUUCGUACGUCGCUGCCGGUAUUGCUGGUGCUGCUCUCAUUGCCACUGGCGUCUCGGCCGCUGGAGCAGCCCUUUCGGGAGGCGGCGCUGCUGCAUCAAGUGGCGGUGCAGGUACAGGAACCAUUAGCCCCAGCUUCACGGAAGUUAUGGGCUGGUUCCAAGGCAUGGCUAUGAACGGUAUGUUAUCCGUCAACUACCCACCUGUGUACCGCAGCUUCACCAAGAACUUUGGCUUCUCCGUCGGCAUGGUCCCUUGGGUUGGCCUCCAGCGCUCCAUUGAUUCUUUCCGCGGUGCUACUGGCGGUAACACCACAGCAAGCAACGUUGAUACACUUCGCAACACCACCAUGAUCUACUCGGACGGAUCCGCUGGAUCUGCCGACGACAGCCUUUUCCACGUCAAGCGAGGCCUCACGCUCCUUGCUCGCGCCAUCGAAACUUCAGUCAACGGCACCGCCGACGCCGCUGCGCACCCUCAGGAUGAGACCAAGCUUCAGCAAACUGUCCGUGGUAUUAAAGCCUACGCCCAGCGCGUCACAGUCCCCGGAGAAAACGUUUUUAUGACUGCCCUCUUGCUCAUUGCCGUCAUAAUUGCCGCCAUCGUCCUUGUUCUGCUCCUCGUCAAGCUUAUUCUGGAACUCUGGGCUCUCUUUGGCAGCUUCCCCAAAUCGCUAGCCGGUUUCCGCAAGCAUUACUGGCAAUCGAUUGGCCGCACAAUUACCCAGCUCAUUCUUCUCUUGUACGGAGUGUGGGUUCUGUACUGUGUGUUCCAAUUCACGUCAGGCGAUUCCUGGUUGGCCAAGACUCUGGCUGGUGUGACCCUCGCUCUCUUCACUGGCGUCCUCGCCUUCUUCUCUUGGAAGAUUUACAGCACAGUUCAAAAGCUCAAGGCAGCCGAGGGCGAUGCCAAUGGCCUGUACGACCAAAAGGAGAUUUGGAUGAAGUACUCGAUCUUCUACGAUGGGUACCGCAAGGGUUACUGGUGGCUGUUUAUUCCCGCCAUCUUCUACAUGUUUGCCAAGGGCUUCGCAAUUGCUGCUGGUGACGGCAAGGGUAUGUCCCAGGCCAUUGCCCAGCUCGUCAUUGAAGGACUUAUGCUCUGUCUCCUGCUCUGGAGCCGUCCCUUUGCCCGCCGCUCCAGCAACAUCAUCAACCUCACCAUCCAGACCGUUCGUGUUUUGUCCAUUGCUUGCAUUCUCGUCUUUGUUGAGGAGUUCCACGUUGCACAGACCACCAAGACCGUUACUGGUGUUGUCCUCAUCGUUGUGCAGUCUGUUCUCACUGGUAUCUUGGCCGUUUUGAUUUGUUGGAAUGCCAUCAACGCUUGCUGCAAAGCCAACCCCCACCGCAAGCGCAGAAAGGAUCUCGAAAAAAUGCGCGAGGAUACCCUGACUCCUCUUGAUGCCCGCAACUCGCUGCUAAUUCCCCGCCCCGGAAGCGAGAAGUCUUUCUACAGCACAUCGACUAUGGAUGCGAAGGAUCCUCACCACGUCCAGAACACGGAUUACAACAACGGUCACUACUACGCACCACCUCCUGUCCGAAACGCUGCUUCUCCUCAGGCAGCUGGUGCUGUAGCCAGCCGCAACUUGACAAACGAUGCGCCGGCUCGCGACUACUCUGCUUCUAACAGGGAGCCUCGAUUGCCAGAGCUCGAUUUUGGUUUCGACAACAAGCCGGCCAACCGCGCGCCGAAUGGUAACCACUUUUGAGAAACCCAGGCUAGCAAACCAACAUUCCCCGACACGGCUGAUUCUCUUCGAUUGCAUAACUCUACCCGUGUUUUGCUUGCUGUUAGAAUACCAUUGUUACAUAGACGCACAUAGACAAUGUACCCCAUCGUGAUGGGACACGGGUAUUGUUGUAAAAACGGGUUGGUUGGCACAUUUUUAUAUCUUGGGAGUCCUUGCGCCUCGCUUACUCCAUUCUUUGGUUUUUUUUUAAUCGUCGGCAAUGGGUUAUUUUGGAUAUACGCACGGAAACCAACUAGCACUGUAUAUAUAUUUAGAAUGCCAGGGUCCAUUCACUUACUCUGUUUUUUUUUAUACCAAGACCACCUUUCAACUAUGGGUGCUUUGACCUGUAAGCCAUCAACGCUGAGACCCCACGAAGG